GUCGACCCAGCCUGCUUUACAUGGUUUAUACAAUGUCUAUUGUUUUUAAAAUUUUCUUUUGAUAUUUUCCAAAAAGGUGUCAAUAAUUUUGUGCAAAGAGUUUAUUUAAUAAAACCUAUAUUUUCCAAUUCGGAAAUAUGAAAAUAUUUAAAUGUGAUGUAAAUGUAACAUAGUCCAAUUUGUUUCUAACCUACAAAACACAUCGACAUUACAAUUUUUAAGUUUGCAAUUUUUAGAACGGUAACAGCGUUAUAUGUCCAAUGGUCAUAACUUUUUUGGACACUUAAAAUUUUUGUCUUUUAUAACAAGAUCUAUUUAUUUAAAAGAAUACUCUAGUUUACCUGAUUAUACACUUUCGGCAUGUGUGAUAAAGGUGACAAAAAUGCAAAAAUGACUUCUGACGAGAAACCAGAGAAAUCGGGAAAUGAAGUUGUAAAAAGCAAACGUAAACGUUCAAAGCAAAAAGAAAAGGAAAUAAGAGAAUAUGAGAAACUAAAGCAAAAGAUAGAAACUUACUACAAGAAGCGUUUAAAUGAAAACGCUGAAAAAUCUUCACAAUCAAAGCCUGACAUGUCACAAAAGCUGGAGAUUGUCGAUGAUGGCUUGAGCAAGGUGCCACUAGAACCAAACAUUAUUGAUUCAGAACUUAACCGUAUAAAAGUAGAUAUUGUUCAAGUUAUUUCGGAGGAAACUUCUGCUAAAGGUGAAAUUCAACGUGAAAUUAUUCAUCCUGACGAGAUUAAACUGGAAAGACGAAAGGAUGAAGGACUGAAACCCAUAUUUGAUCGUCCCGAAGUUAGAUUUUUCGAUCAAGUGCAAAGAGAAAGAGAGAAUGAAAUAUUCAAGCAGAAACAGAUUUUUGUGCAUGAAUUAAAGAAAUUAGUUAAACUCCUGUUUCCCGAUGAACACUCGGGAAUGUCUAUGGAUCGAAGGAGAAGUAGAAGUAAUUCUGUAGAUCAUCGACGUAGGCAUCACAGUCCACAGAGUCCUUCUACCUCUAAAUCUUGGGGAUUAUCAGAAAGGUUGGAAUCAGGCAAUGAAUGCAAAAGUCCUGGUGAAUUGGAAAUUACAACUAAUGGAGAAACUGUUAAAAGCAGUGAACUUCAAAACGAUAUCAGUUCUGAAGAGGGCUCGUUGUCGAAACGGGAAGGUAAUGCCAUGUUCGUAAUGUUGGAUGAGUGGCAAAAAGAAAUAGAUGGUCGAAGAGAAGGAACUGCUGCAAAUAGUGAAAUUCAACGUGAUGAUAGUUCUGAUGAAGCUCCACUGAAAAAACAAAAGGUUGAAGAAACAAAGCCUCCCCUUGAUCGCGAGGAAAUUAAGUUGCUUGAUGAAUGGCAGAAAGAAAUAGACGCACGAAGACAGGCAUGUUUAAAGCAAUUGGAAAGAAGUAGAAACAGACGGAGGAGCAGAAGUAGGACUAGAAGUCUGUCGCCAUAUUAUCGAAGUAAAACUUACGGCUCAACAUCCAAAUCAUCAUUCAUCUUAGAAGACUUUACUAGGGAGGAAAUUCUUUAUCGUGAAUAUCGAGAAAUGUCGAGAGAACGACGUGAAAGAAGAAGAGCUUCUGAAUUAGCUCAUUACAUGGAUCGAGUACCCAUUUCAGCAUAUUAUGAUACUAUGCCUUUAAGGAUGAUGCCAAUGCGUCCUUCUCCAGUUAGAACAGGUGUCUUUCCUGGUGGGCCAAGAUUGCCCUUUCCAGCGAGAUUUAUGUAUUCUGCAACGAGACCACAGAUUUUUCCGCCGGGGACGUGAUGAAGGUGUGAUUUGAAGGAUCUGACGUUAAAAAAAUGUGUGAGAAACAGUACAGAACAUAUAAACCUAAUAUGCUUCAAAAUUGAAGCAAAAAGAAGUUUGUAUUUUAAAAAAUUUUAUGUUUAAAUUUUGUUUUACUUUAUGUUUUAUUAUUUUAAAUGGUGGUUGUGUACAAUGCAGUGUGUUUAAAGUACAACCGAUUUUUUUAGACAUUUGUGAUAUAGAUAGCAACAGUUAUUUCGUUAUUUUUUAAGACACAGAUCAUUGUUGCGGAUCUAAACUUAAGUCAACAGUAGCCAUAUAGUUUAUAAACGUCGCUCUGUACAUAUAGAUAUUAAUUGAUGUAAUUUAAUAUUGAUUAA